GUAAUUUGUGAGAAGAUUUUCCGGCCGUGGUUUUCCCCGACGCUCCUCGGAGCAAAAGCCGGCCUCCCUCUGCAGGUGGAGCUGCAGCGGGCGGUGCAGGAAUGUUCAGAGACUGAUGGAGGUGAGGAAGAGGAAAGAAGAAGAGGAGACAUCCAUCAGCGUCUCCUCCUCAUCCUCAACCGUCUGCUGGAGGAAGGAGGAGGGUCAUCAGAGAGAGGAGGAGGAGGAGGAGGAAAUGAGGAUGAAGAUCACGUCCACACGGCGCUCAACUUCUGAGGAGGAGGUGAAGCGUAACGUCAGAUCAGGAGGAAGACAUCUCCAAAAACAGGCAGGAAACGGAGGGAAUCGUCCCAAAAAAGUAGUCCCUCACAGAGGACACACUGACGCUAAUUUACACAGGUGCUGACGGGGAUAUGGAUCAUGUUUCAGAUUCAGAGCCGUAAGAGAAAUCAAUCAAUCAGCUCCGUAAAAGAACCAGAAACAGAUCGAGAUUCCUGACGAAGAGGACGAAGAUACUCUGACGGAACAUUUCUGUGAAUUAUUUACAGGGAUUUUUUUGCAAAACAAACUGGAAUGUUUGGAAUAAAAAGACCCUCAUGGAGGAAACACGGACGUUUGUUGAUGGGAAAUAUGGAUCACAAGAGAAAGGUGUCAAUCAGCUCCAAAAAGGACCAGGAACAGGUACAGAUACCUGGAAAAGUAGACCCUCGUGAAGGAAACACGGACGUUUGUUGACAUUGGUGUUGAUGGGAAAUAUGGAUCAUGUUUCAGAUUUAGAGCCGUAAGAGAAAUCAAUCAGCUCCAAAAAGAACCAGAAACAGAUCGAGAUACCUGACGAAGAGGAGGAAGAUAUGGCACUCUGUUGGGAGGUUUUCCAACAAAAACAUGCAGCGAAUCAUCCCGGAAAAAUAGACCCCUCGUGAAGGAAACACACACGUACAUUUAAACCGGUGUUGAUGGGAAAUAUGGAUCAUGUUUCAGAUCCAAAACGGACCAGAAACAGAUCGAGAUUCCUCACAAAUAUAGAGCAUUUCUGUGAAUUAUUUACAUUCUUUGGCAAAACAUGCAGGAAGUAGCAGCUGUUUAACUGGAAUACAAAGACCCUCAUGGAGGAAACACAGACGUUUGUUUAUCCAGGUGUUGACGGGAAAUAUGGAUCGAUUUGUAGGUGCAGAGACGCAAGAAAAAAGGUGUCAUUAUCAGCUCCAAAAAGGACCACAGAUUAAGAUUCCUGACAAAUAGGACGAAGAAAUAGCUUCCUUUUGGGGAGGGGCUUGCACCAAAAACCCACAGGAAUCAAGGUGGAAAAGUAGACCCUCACGGAGGAAACACGGACGCUGGUGUUGAUGUGAAAUAUGGAUCAUUUCCCAGGGUUGAGGCACCAAGAAGAGGCUCCGGAAAGAUCAGAAACAGAUUCCUGAGAAAUCUGGACCUUUUUUGGGAUAAUUUAUUGACGUCGUGCGACACCAGUUUGUGCGACACCAGUUUGUGCGACACCAGUUUGUGCGACACCAGUUUGUGCAACACCAGUUUGUGCGACACCAGUUUGUGCGACACCAGUUUGUGCGACACCAGUUUGUGCGACACCAGUUUGUGCGACACCAGUUCGUGCGACACCAGUUUGUGCGACACCAGUUUGUGCGACACCAGUUUGUGCGACACCAGUUCGUGCGACACCAGUUCGUGCGACACCAGUUCGUGCGACACCAGUUCGUGCGAUGAGAUGCAGGUUUAGCUUCGUCUGACAAACAGUUUUCUUUGCUCUGUGUUGAUGUGUGAGGCGUGGUUGCUCUCGUGCUGCAUGGACACACUGAUCACGUACACAUCGAUGCUUCCUGUGAUAACUGGAUUUGAACAGCAUUUUGGUGAUUUCUGCAGAAAUGUUGAAAUGCUUCCAUUUCUCUCAGAUUGAUGCUUCUCUGUAAAUAGAUCAUAAUGAUAUGUACAGUGGAGCUCAGUUGAUUCAUAAAGUGUGUUCAGCUGCUCAGCGGCGCGUGUGUGUCUCUUCUUCAUCGGACAAGAAAUGAAUAAAACAUUUGCAUUAAAUUCAAUAAAAACAAAUAUAAAAACAGAAGAA